UGUUUUUAUAUUUUUAAAAAGGAAAAAGAUUAUUUUCAGUCAGAAACCUCUCGCUGUUUCCUCUAGGGUUGGGAAGCAGCAGUUUGUCAAUCUGCUUGAAUUUUAAUCAUCGAGGCAGAAACAACCUCUCAAUUUUGUGCCUCGACCUCACAAAAAUGGGUGGAUCAGUGAAAGAUGUGCAAUCAAAGGCGGAGCUUGAUAAUCUCAUUCGCACUGGUGCACCAGUCAUCCUUCAUUUCUGGGCCUCGUGGUGUGAUGCUUCUAAGCAUAUGGACCAAGUCUUCUCCCACUUGUCUACUGAUUUCCCUCAUGCAAAUUUCUUCAGGGUUGAAGCUGAAGAGCAGCCGGAGAUAUCUGAGGCGUAUUCGGUUUCUGCUGUGCCUUACUUUGUCUUCUGCAAGGAUGGCAAGACCUUCGAUAAAUUAGAGGGCGCAGAUCCGUCAAGUUUGGCCAAUAAGGUUGCUAGAGUUGCAGGUUCAAUUAAUCCUGGAGAUGCUGCUUCUCCUGCUAGCCUUGGGUUAGCUGCAGGCCCCACUGUUCUUGAAACAGUGAAAGAAAUGGCAAGGGAAAAUGGAUCUCCAAAGGGAACAAGUAAAGUGCAACCAGGGCUUAGGGAUACUUUAAAAAAGCGAUUGCAGCAGCUCAUUGACUCUCAACCUGUUAUGCUGUUCAUGAAAGGGAGCCCUGAGGAGCCCAGAUGCGGAUUCAGCAAAAAAGUUGUUGAAAUUUUGAACAAGGAGAAGGUCGAGUUUGGAAGUUUUGACAUCCUGUCGGACAAUGAGGUUCGUGAGGGCUUGAAGAAAUUUUCCAACUGGCCCACAUAUCCCCAACUAUACUGCAAAGGAGAGCUUCUGGGUGGUUGUGACAUAGUAAUUGCUAUGCAUGAGAGUGGUGAAUUGAAGGAUGUGUUCAAAGAUCAUGGAAUUGAUACUAAUACAGAGGGAAAAGUAACGGAAUCAGGUAACUCGAAGGGGGGCAUAUCAGAAUCAACUGGCUUAAGUACAAUGUUAACUUCCCGACUAGAAAGCCUAAUAAACUCAAGCCCUGUUAUGCUGUUUAUGAAAGGAAAACCUGACGAACCAAAGUGUGGUUUCAGCAGAAAGGUUGUCGAAAUUCUCCAGCAGGAAAAUGUCCCCUUCCAGAGUUUUGACAUUCUUGCUGAUGAAGAAGUCCGUCAAGGACUUAAAGUUCAUUCAAACUGGUCUAGCUACCCCCAACUUUAUAUCAAGGGUGAACUUAUUGGCGGAUCAGACAUCGUGUUGGAGAUGCAAAAAAGUGGAGAACUCAAGAAGGUCUUACAUGAAAAAGGUGUUCCAGAAGCAUCGAUUGAAGACCGCCUGAAAAAACUGAUAGCUUCCUCACCCGUAAUGCUGUUCAUGAAGGGCACUCCAGAUGCUCCGAGAUGUGGCUUUAGCUCCAAAGUUGUUGAUGCACUGCGAGCUGAGGGUGUAAGUUUUGGUUCCUUUGAUAUACUAACUGAUGAGGAGGUGAGGCAGGGAUUGAAGGUGUUCUCAAAUUGGCCAACCUUUCCUCAACUGUACUACAAAGGUGAGCUGAUUGGUGGCUGCGAUAUUGUGAUGGAGCUGCGAAACAAUGGUGAACUUAAGUCUUCUCUAUCUGAGUAGGAUUAGUGCAAUAACACCAAAUAACUGGGAACAUUUGGUAGGAGCCAUUAUAGCUGCGUGUAUUGAAUUGAGUCUCAUGACGAUUUUGAUCGUGGUUCCAGCAUUAUUGACGCUAUAAUGUUCUAUGUUUGCAUAGCACUUGUAAAUGGUUGUCAUAUUUUAAGCAUGCCAACUGUUAUUGUGGAUCUAUCUACAUGAGCAAGCUAUAUGCCUUCCUGGAUGAUCUUUUACCACAAGCUUCUUCAGAAGCGGCUUUCCUCCACCGAGUGGAGAGGAGAGGCUGCUCCAACUGUAGACUGCUGGAUUGAGUUUAAUUAUUCAGAUUUGAUGAAUUUUUAAAA